CAUAGCCAUGCGACACUGCCGUAUCUUCCAUGGCUGGCUGCUCUCGGGCCUAAACUGGGGUCGAUCGAGGGACUGACGACAUUAUCUGCGUUGGUUAAUAAGAAAGGGUAUUCUGCCUGUUUUGUGUCUUGUCUUGUGUAACAUAUUAGGUGGACAGUCGACUGUUACUUGCUUAUCUUUUCGUUUCUUUUUCUACUUAUCAUCGUCAUUGAGGGGUUUCUUUCGUUGCUUUUCUCUCUUUCAAAGACAGGCAGUGACGAGGGAAAUUUUUGAGCGUUUCUUCAUCUUCGACUCUAUAUUUCAUCGCUGAUUGUCGAUACCUUCAUAUACUCAACAAUGGCUAGACAACAAGAGAGAAAGCUUCCCUUGGGGAAGAUAGAGCCCAAUUCCGCAAAAUACUUCUACAGCUGUGCUCUGGGCGGAAUUACCGCAUGUGGCCCUACCCAUACCGCAGUAACACCCCUCGACCUCGUCAAAUGCCGUCGUCAAGUCGACCCCAAGAUCUACACCUCCAAUCUCUCCGCAUGGCGCACAAUCUUCGCAAAAGAAGGACUGCGCGGCGUGUUCUUUGGAUGGGCACCAACCUUCGUCGGAUACUCCUUCCAGGGUGCUGGAAAAUAUGGCUUCUAUGAGUACUUCAAGAACCUAUACGGGGACAAGCUGUUCCCCAACAUGAACCGCACCGUUGUGUUCCUGGGUGCCAGUGCAUCGGCCGAGUUCCUCGCAGACAUCGCGCUCUGUCCCAUGGAGGCGAUCAAGGUUCGCAUGCAGACUACAUUGCCGCCGUAUGCUCGGAACCUGCGCGAAGGCUGGAGUGGAAUUGUAACCAAGGAGGGUCUCUCUGGUCUGUACAAGGGUUUGUAUCCGCUCUGGGCUCGGCAGAUUCCAUACACCAUGACCAAGUUUGCGACCUUCGAGGAGACGGUUAGCAUUAUCUAUAAGACGCUGGGCAAGCCCAAGGAGAGCUACAGUGGGCUGCAGCAGACUGGUGUUAGCUUCCUUGGUGGUUAUAUUGCUGGUGUUUUCUGUGCUGUUGUCAGUCAUCCUGCCGAUGUCAUGGUUAGCAAGUUGAAUGCCGACCGUAAAGCUGGCGAAGGGGCAAUGACAGCCGUGUCGCGGAUUUAUGGCAACAUUGGAUUCCCUGGUCUGUGGAACGGCCUGCCGGUCAGAAUCGUCAUGCUUGGAACCUUGACGGGCUUCCAAUGGCUGAUCUAUGAUUCUUUCAAGAUGUUCCUUGGUCUCCCAACAACUGGUGGUCAUUAGUGUUUCCCGCUGUAACUGGUCAAUUCUUUUUUCUGCGUUGAUAUAAUCCUGGAUAUAGUCUGGAGUCUCUGUAAUUAUCCAUUAGCGAGUAAAUGAAUGCAAAACAUCGUGAAAAGCCUCUGUUGCUGGUGGAUUGUCCGUUUGUAUGGCGCAGUUCGUAGACCUCAAAGCCCGCUGACCGCCUUUGAUAACCACCCGGCAGAACGACUCCAGCGAUCAC